AUCGUCCUGCGAUUUGCAAUAGAUAGAUAGAGAGAUAAUUCAUUAGAAGUAAGGAGGGACAUGGAAGUCACUGAUCCAAGCUGGAAAGAAGCAGAAGUUGAGCUCUAUACCAUCCCUGCCCAGUCCAGUUGGUUCUUAUGGCAUGAUAUACACGAAAUUGAAAGACGCGAGUUUGAGGAGUUCUUCAGUGAGAGCUCAAUCACUAGAACCCCCAAAGUGUAUAAAGAAUAUAGAGAUUUCAUCAUCAAUAAGUACAGAGAGGACACUUCUAGGAGGCUAACCUUCACCAGUAUCCGCAAGUAUCUCGUGGGCGAUGUCAACUUGCUUCAGAAAGUGUUUCUCUUCCUCGAAAAUUGGGGAUUGAUCAAUUUCGGCUCGAAAAGUGAUCAUGUGUUGUUGGUGGAGAAUCAAGGGAAGCAUAAAGCUAAGAUCGAGCAAGGGAGCCCCCCUGGGAUUAGAGUUACUGCAACUCCAAAUUCGAUGAGGCCUAUUACCGCACCGCCCCCUGUUGAGGAACGAGCUGAGCCUGGUGUCAAAUUACCACCUCUGACCUCUUAUUCUGACGUUUUCAGUGAUUUGAAGAAGCCUAGUGAUGGAUUGAUUUGUGGGCAUUGUGGAGAACGCUGUGAUUCUGCUUUCUACCAACAUAACAAGAGUAUUGUCAACUUGUGCGAAAAGUGUUUCAAGAAUGGAGACUACGGGGAGAACAAUUCCGCAGAUGAUUUCAGGUUGAAUUCUGGGAAUUCUGCUGCAGCUGUGUGGACCGAGGAAGAGAUCCUCCUCUUGCUAGAAUCUGUGCUGAAACAUGGAGAUGAUUGGGAACUCAUUGCACAAAGUGUUUCUUCAAAGAGUAGACUAGAUUGCAUUUCGAAGCUCAUUGAGCUCCCAUUUGGAGAGUUUCUGAUGGGCUCUGCCUCUGGAAGACUCGAUUCCUCUCCAUCCCAUCCUGUGGAACAGAUGAAAACUGACGGUCAAGAAACUAGGGAAGAAAAAGAACAUCACGUGGAUGAAGAUGAGCCUCUAGCAAAAAGGAAACGCGUUGCACUAAUAUCAGACGGUGAUACUUCACUUAUGAAACAGGUUGCAGCAAUGGCAUGCAAAGCUGGUCCCUCUGUGACAACCGCCGCUGCAAAAGCUGCAAUUGCAGCACUUUGUGAUGAAGCCUCAUGUCCAAAAGAGAUUCUCGAAACCGGUGGCUACACUAAUUUAGCAGUUGACAGAGCUGAUGGAGACAAAGAUACAGAUAUGGAGGAAGAGCAUGCAGACAAAGAGGAUCUACCUGUAGCGUUAAGGAUAAGAGCGUCUGUGGCAACAGCUCUAGGAGCUGCGGCUGCUAACGCGAAAAUACUGGCGGAUCAAGAAGAAAGGGAGAUGGAACAUGUAGCCGCGAGAAUAAUAGACCAACAGCUGAAGAAACUGGAGAGCAAGUUGAAGUUUCUGGACCACUUGGAAUUGAUAAUGGAUGCGGAAGAGAAAGUGAUGGAAGGUGUAAAGGAAACAAUUCUCCAAGAGAGGAUUAGCGUCUUGCAAUGCGCGUUUGGUGGCGGUAUUACCAAACGUUGGGAUCAUACGUACGUGAAAUAAUCCUUUUUUUUUUUUUUUUUUUUGGUUGUUUCUCCGUAGAAUGAUAUGAUGCUUCAGAUUAAAGAAUCAGAAUUUGUUUUGUCGAUAAUCCCUUGUUUUUGUCCUGUUUUUUCCUUGUUAUUAUGACUUUAUAAUCUAAUCAGUAGGUUGUUUAGUGUUUACAUACAG